AGAGCCUCAAGUUAUAAACAACACUAAUUAUAUAUACUUCUCCAUCAAUCAUCUCAUCCAUACAUGCACAUUCAAAAAAUGCUAGAACGUUUAACCAAAGAAAAAAAAAAUGCUAGAACGAAACAAUAGUAGCAAUAGAAUAUUAUCAAUGGAAGUGGAAUCAUCAUCAGAUCCAGUAGAGAACAGAUCAUACAACGUUGCAGAUUGUAAGUACGCAAGAAGGCAUAAGAGAAAAAGGAAAAUAUGCAUGUUGGUUCUAUGUGCCUAUAUGCUUUUGGCUAUAACCUAUACUAUCUUGAAUUUCGCUGUUUUUAGGCCCAAGCGUCCUACUAUCUCGAUCAAUUCCAUCAUUCUGCAGGACUUGGCCGUGUCCGCCGACACCGCCAAGCUCAAGGUCUUCCUCAACAUUACCUUGAAUGGCACCAUCUGGGUUGAGAACCCCAACAGGGUCAGUUUUCAAUACGAAGACAUCAACCCUUAUAUCGAGUAUGGAGAUGAAAAAGUAGGAGAUGUUCACAUACCGGCUGGAAAGAUCGGGCCACGGACCACAACAACUAUGAACUUCACGAUGAUCAUAAUGGCGGAUAGGCUGUCGUCGGAUCCCAAUUUUUUUUCGGACGUUGUUGAAAAGGGGAUGUUGCCGUUAACUGCUUAUGUGAAACUGAGGGGCAAAGUAAAACUAAAUGUGUUGUUCAAAAUCAAGGUUAAAGUUUCUACCAGGUGCCAUCUGUCGUUGGAUAUCCGCAUGGCAACUACCGCCAACCAAUCUUGUCACUCCAAGAUUAAGUUAUAGCGUAGCUUAAAUAUAUGUGGAUUCAUCCACUAUUCAAUAUAAGCCAGAUUCAAACUUUAAAAUUUAUGAGUUUUGAAUUAUAAUUUUAUGUAUUUUAAAUUUACAAUUUGUUUGUAUUAAUUAAUAGCUUAUUUGGGAUUG